AUGAAUACAAUAUUGAUUGAGUUGAGUUGGAGAGGUGACGUGAACGCAUUCUCGUAUCAACUAUGUGUCGGAAUGCAGAAUACAAAUGCAGCUCACUGGCAGAUGAUCGCCGAUUACUCGAAAUUCGAUUGUCGAGGAGUUCAGAAGGUGUAUAUGGAGGAUACUGUUAUUAGAUACAUCAUGAUAAAAGUGAUUGAUCCGACGUCUUAUCGAUUGGAAUCGAGUCACGUCGAAGCGAUUUACUCAUCUCAAACAAUGCCUGUCGAUCCAAAGAGUUACUGUAUUGUGCCCACUCGCAACAUCACGACAGUCGAAGACCACGCUCGAGUCAUCGAGGGAGUCUCCCGUUGCCGAAAUGCUUUAAUCAACGGAGACAAGACGUCAUACGACUGGGAUUCCGGUUACACGUGUCAUCAGAUAGGCAGUGGUCUCAUAAUGAUACAACUCGCUCAACCGUACAUCAUCUCUUCGAUGCGAAUCCUUCUAUGGAAUUGUGACGAUCGAUUCUAUUCGUAUUACGUCGCCGUGUCGACAAAUCAAAACGACUGGAUUACGGUAGUCGAUAAGACGAAUGAGGAGUGUCGUGGAUGGCAGGAACUCGUUUUUGAUCCGAUUCCAGUGGUUUAUAUUCGAUUGGUUGGAACGAAGAAUUCAAUCAAUGAAGUAUUUCAUGUCGUCCAUUUGGAAGCUCCGUCCAGUGUCCCCAUUGCCAUUAAAUAA